AUGAUUAUUCAGGAUGAGCUUCCGUUUAGUCAUGUGGAGGGUAUUGGGUUUUGUGAAUUUUUGAAGGAUGCACAACCUAGAUUUGAUUUGUCAUCUAGUACGACAAUUGCUAGAGAUGAGUAUCAAGAGGAGAAAGCUAAAAUCAAGAAUGUCUUAACACUUAAUGAACAAAGAGUGUCCCUUACCACCAACACUUGGACUUCCAUUCAAAUUAUCAAUUACAUGGUUCUCACGGCCCACUUCAUUGAUGAUGAUUGGGCUCGUGGAGACAUGUUUGAAUGGAUGGGGGAUAGAGAAGUCUUCACCAUAUCGGUUAUGGAUGUAUUAGCUACAUGA